CAUUUUUUUUAUAAAAUACCGCAGCGGUUUUUUUAUAAAAUCUAAAAGCAAAUUACACAAGGGAAGUCGGCGUGAUUGUUGCUUGAAACCUUGGUCUUUCGGCAUUGAAUGGUCAAAGAAAUAAUCGUAUUUUACACACGCAUCGUAAACCUAAGCAAACCAGGAUAAGGCAAAGUUGUAUUUGUCUUGGAUGCUUCUAGGAUUACAGACGAAUGCUUCGAGCCCGGAACGGAACGGAAACUUGAACGGAACCCUAACUAUACUGUAGCUAUGUAGACACAUCUGGGAAGUUAAGAAUUCAAAAUGGAGGAUGGCGGCAUCGCACAUCCUCAGCGCAGUGGAGCCGACGGUCGGCGGCGGUAGCUCGCGGAGCGGCCGGGAGCGAGAGGUGAACGUAGCACUCGACGACAGAGAACUAUGGGUUCGGUUCCAAACGCUCACCAACGAAAUGAUCGUCACGAAGAAUGGACGGCGCAUGUUCCCCGUAGUAAAAGUGACUGCUAGUGGUUUGGACCCGACGGCGAUGUAUACAGUGCUCUUAGAAUUUGUGCAAGUGGACUCCCAUCGUUGGAAAUAUGUUAAUGGAGAAUGGGUUCCCGGCGGUAAGGCGGAAGUUCCACCGUCUAACGCUAUUUACAUACAUCCCGAGAGUCCCAACUUCGGAGCGCAUUGGAUGAAAGAACCAAUAUCUUUUGCUAAAGUGAAACUAACCAAUAAGACCAAUGGAAACGGACAGAUAAUGUUAAAUAGCUUACACAAAUACGAGCCUCGUGUGCAUCUUGUGAAGGUUGGCACCGACCUCCGUCGCAUAAUGACCUACCCGUUCCCGGAAACUCAGUUCAUAGCCGUCACUGCUUACCAAAACGAGGAAGUGACGUCACUGAAGAUCAAAUACAAUCCUUUCGCGAAGGCAUUUUUGGACGCGAAGGAAAGGCCUGAAGGAUAUUAUCAAAGGGACUUCGUGGGGACCCAUUAUCCACAACAAAGUUCUUCGCCACAUCAGUAUCCACAAUUCGGAGGAUGGUUCGUGACAUCGCAGUCUUUGUAUGGAAGCAGUAACGCCGCUUCCCGAAGACCAGCGCCAUAUCCCCCACGGCCACCAUCGAGACCUCGAACCUUAUCGCCACCUUCAUCGUACAGCAACUCGGAGCGUACGACUACAGCGCCGAAUAGCAGUGGCAGCUACACGUGGGUGAGCAGCAGUGGGUACUGGAACUCGAGCCAGGGCGGCGGCUCCCCGCAGGCGAGCACGUCCCCGGCCGCGUACCGCACCCCCCCGCACGCCUACCCCGCGCCGCUCGAGUACGCGCCCGCGCCGCCCGCCACCACUCCCACGCCCUCCUCAGCUCCAGCCCCGCUCUACCCUCUGCAGUACGAAGCCCCCGCGCAACAUCACUCACCCUACUAUCAACAUGCGUAUGCGCCUUACGCUCAUCACGCCAUCGAAGAUAUUUCCUAUUGGCCCAACAGUUUGAACAGCUACGGCUAUCAAACGUCUGAGUAUGUCGGAACAGGCGAAGUCGCUUAUGGUGCAGAAGGAAUGCCAUUUGGACCAACUGGACCUACGCUAGAAGCGGCCACAGCUGGAGAAGGCCGGGGCACUCCUCCUUCACAGGAACACCAGCAAAGUGAAAGGGAAUACAAGUUCAGCGCUGAUGAAGAACGUCAGUCACCGUGUGACGAAACUACGCUACCACCGCGCUCGCCACCACAGUGACAAAUUCGUCUUAGUCUUGUCAUGUCUUGAAAAUAUAAAUUAAGUUUGGAAUUUGAGGCCUUAUAAAAUAUUUUCUUAAUAACGGAGGUAUUGAAAAACUAAAUUUAUUUUUAUAUUAAUUAUGAUGAAUGUAUUUUGUAAACUUUUGCUUCUAAGAGUGGAUUUAAUGUAAAUAAGAAUAUCUAGAAUUAAAAAUCCUAGAAUUACUAACGAUACUUAUCUCUGUCUAAAUACAUACCUACAUUAUACGCUUCGUCCGCUCUAAGUCAACCUAUAAGUCAGAUGUCAUACAAAGUAAUAGUAAUGAGAAUCGCUAUUUUUUUUUAAUGCGUGAUUAUAAAUUGAAUAUAAUAUUUAUUUAUAUAUGAACUAUUUAGUUUUGGCAUUAGAAAAUCGCAUGAAAAUUAUCUUCAAAUUAAAUUAACAGAAUAAAUUCAGGGCCCCA